AUGGAGAAGGAGCGUACGGAGGUUGUCGGGGUGGACCCGGGUGAAUUUUGCAUCGUGGCACCGGACACUGUCAUCCACUGCGAGGGCGAGCCUGUGAAGCGGGAAGAGGAGGAGAGGUUGGACGAGAUAGGCUAUGAAGACAUCGGCGGAUGUCGCAAGCAAAUGGCGCAAAUCCGCGAAAUGAUUGAAUUGCCGCUGCGACACCCUACUCUUUUCAAGACACUGGGUGUCAAGCCUCCACGCGGCGUUCUGCUCUACGGCCCUCCAGGCAGCGGGAAAACACUUAUUGCAAAGGCAGUGGCGAACGAGACUGGAGCAUUCUUCUUCCUCAUAAAUGGCCCCGAGGUUAUGAGCAAGAUGGCAGGGGAGGCGGAGGCGAAUUUGCGUCGAGCGUUUGAAGAGGCUGAGAAGAACGCACCUGCAAUUAUCUUCAUCGACGAAAUUGACUCUAUCGCACCCAAGAGAGAGAAGACAAACGGAGAGGUGGAGCGGCGAGUGGUCUCGCAGCUGCUGACGCUGAUGGACGGCUUGAAGGGCAGGGGCCAAGUUGUUGUGAUCGGGGCCACGAACCGCCAGAACUCCAUUGACCCUGCUCUGCGACGUUUCGGUCGGUUUGAUCGUGAGAUUGACAUUGGCGUGCCAGAUGACAAUGGGCGACUCGAAAUCCUCCGCAUCCAUACCCGCAACAUGAAACUGGGCCCCGACGUCCGCCUGGAGGAGCUCGCCUCGAGCACUCACGGUUUCGUGGGUGCUGACUUGGCGCAACUUUGCACUGAGGCCGCGCUGUCGUGCAUUCGAGAGAAGAUGGAUUUGAUCGACCUGGAAGAUGACACCAUUGAUGCACAGGUGCUGAGCUCUAUGGCAGUCACUCAAGAGCACUUCUCGUCAGCGUUACAGAGCUGCAACCCGUCUUCGCUGAGAGAAACGGUUGUGGAGGUGCCCAACGUUAAGUGGGAUGACAUUGGUGGUCUGGAGGAGGUCAAGAGGAAUUUGCAGGAGAUGAUUCUCUACCCAAUUGAUCAUCCCGAGAAGUUCGAGAAGUUCGGAUGCGGCAAAACUUUGUUGGCGAAGGCUGUGGCGUCUGAAUGCUCGGCAAACUUUAUUUCCAUCAAAGGUCCCGAGUUGCUAACGAUGUGGUUCGGUGAAUCCGAGGCGAACGUUAGAGAGGUGUUUGACAAGGCGCGAGCCGCGAGCCCCUGUGUUCUGUUCUUCGACGAGCUCGAUUCUAUUGGCACGCAGCGUGGCAACAACUUGGGGGAUGCGGGUGGCGCUGGUGACAGAGUUAUGAACCAGCUGCUGACGGAAAUAGAUGGCGUUGGUCCUAUGAAGAACCUUUUCUUCGUGGGGGCCACUAAUAGGCCUGAACUCCUCGACGAAGCUCUUCUUAGGCCGGGACGUCUCGACCAGCUUAUCUACAUUCCCCUCCCAGAUCUGCCUGCGCGUGUUAGCAUUUUGCAAGCGACAUUGAGAAAAGCGCCAGUGGCACCAAAUGUGCCCAUUCCUUUCCUGGCGCACAAAACCGCGGGCUUUUCAGGGGCGGAUAUCGCUGAAAUGUGUCAACGAGCUGCGAAAGCCGCCAUUCGUGACGCUAUUGCUGCCGAGGAACUCGCCCGGGCUGCGGGCACUGAAGGAAUGGAUGAAGAUGAGUCGAACGUGAAGUAUGAAAUCACGCGCAAACAUUUCGAAGAAGGACUCGCUGGAGCACGGAGGAGUGUUUCGCAGACGGACUUGUCGAAAUACGACUCCUUCAGAAUGAAGUUCGACCCCAUCUACAAGAGCCAGGCGGCAGGGGGCGAUGGAACUAUCAUUGUUGAUUGGCCCAACACAGACGGCGCCGCGACAGAUCUGGGGCGAGUUGAGGAAGGCGACGACGACGAUCUGUACUCGUAA